AUGAAAUACCUGUUCGGAAUUUUUGAGUGGAGGCAAGAAAUACAUGCAAAAUAGAAAAGCAUGGAAUAAUAAGGGUAUAAUAUAUAUUUAUUCAUAGGUUUGAAUUUUAUUCAAAAACAAAAAAAUAAUAUGAAUCCAGUUUAAAUAGUGGUGUUAAACAUUUUUGUUAUCUAUUAAUUAAAUUUUGUAUGAAAGUUCAAUUUUGA